AUGUCCCUCUUCCUGUUGAGGAAGCCUUCUACGGUUGGCCUCAGCACGUCCGGCGGCACCAGGAUACAGGGUAGAAGAGCGCAAGGAGCAAGAGUGGUUGAAUCCCGAUACCUGCAGUAUGAGAAAAAGGUGACCAAGAAGGCUCCCACUGCAGAUGUGUCAAGAACCAGAGGGAAGGCAUCUGAAGGUGGGAGGAAACCCAGUUUGCUCCAGCAAAGCAAAGCAGACAGCAGUGGGGUCGGAAAGGGCAACCUGCAGUCCACGUUGCUGGAGGGACACAGCUUGGACCCGCCAGACCUGGACCUCUCUACCAUCAACGACAAAAGUAUGGUCAGAAAGAUGUCACAGUUAGAAAAAACAAUGUCAAAGAAAACCAAGCAGGCAUCGUCUUCUGCCCCCCAGAAGAGUCCGGACCCGAGCAGAGCGAUGGAGGAGAUGGAGUCCCAGAUGCUGCUGCUGAUCUUGCUGACUGUGAAGAUGGAGAACAGCCUGGCCCAGUUUGAAGAGGAGGCGGAAAGGAGGUUGCUGGCUGUGUGCAGGGAGAGGGAGGCUCUGGAAAGGCGGGCCCACGCCCUGCGGUGCCAACUCCUGCUCAGCCAGAGGACACGUGAGCUGGCGCACAUCCUCGUCACCCAGAUUGAAAUGCUCAGCCCCUCCGAGGCGGUGGCUGCACACUUCAAGGAACAGUACAAGACAUUCGCCACGGCCCUGGACACCACCAGACACGAGCUGCCCAUGAGGGCCAUCCACCUGGAGGGAGAUGGGCAGCAGCUCUUAGAUGCCCUGCAGACUGAGCUGAUGACCACUUACUGCCUCCUGGGAGAACUUGGCAUUGACAACCCAAAGGAGAGUGUGCAGGUGCUGGACUUGCUGAACGAGCUCCAGGAUGUGACCACGAGGAAGGACCAGGAACUGCACAGGAGCUUCGCCCAGGUGCUGGAACUCUCGGACACGGUCAGCAAAGAGGCAGCCCUAGCCAACCAGGAAGCCUGGGAGGAGGCACAGGGCAUGGCAGCCUCCAGCUGGUGGUAUUUCGGCCAGGACAGUGCCUCCAGGAAGUCUCCAGGCACUGAAAAGCACACCAUCUGAGGAUGCCGCUCCUGUCUGAGGACACUGCCCCCGUCUGAGGACACCCAGUCUGCGCACACUGCAACGUGCCCUGGGCACCCGUACCCUGGGCACCAUGCCUAAGCCCCUCAGGCGGCAAGAGGAGAGCCCAUCCCAGGCCUCUCGCUCGUUUGCCGUAGCUGUAGGUGACAGGACACCAAACACUUCGCUUCAGCUCCAUGGUGACUUGUGUGUGGUCAUCUUGUUUUAUACCUAAAAGUAAACCUGUUGUGCAGA